CCCAGGUAUGGAGCUUGAGCUUGGCAAAGCUCAGCUGGGACUUGAACUGUUAGCAGCCUUCCCCUGGGGUCCUGAGUGAGGGAAGCCUGGCGCAGAUGUCUAGGUGGAGCCUAUUCCAGGCCCUGCCUGUGCGGCCUUGUCUUGGGACUUCCUGUUACCGGAGCACCUGCCCAGGAGGGAUGGGUGGUGCUGCAGGUUCUGUGAACGCUGCAGCGGGGAGCUUCCUGGGGACCAUAGGGCCCUCGCUCACACUCUGCAGGACCCAGUGCUUCAGUUCUUCCCUUUGUCUCAGGCACUAGGAAAAACUAAAGUCUGGGAUGUCUGGGCCUGGGCUUACAGCUGUAGCCACACUCAGUUUUUUUCUAUAAUAUCAGGCCAGAGAAAGAACAAUCCUUAAGGCAGAGAAAGAGGUUGUCUUUUGCCUUUCAACAGCUCUGAUUAAUCUCUUCCUGAUGGAGAGAGACUUUGGCAGGACUCCCAAAGCCCCAGAGCCCCCCACUUUGAGGUUUUUAUUCUCCCAAACACCUCCCUCCCACCCUGCUCCUCCUCUCCCCAUCCUCACGUCUGUGGGUCAUGUUUCUUUCCAUCUCUGCAUCUGGUCAAGAAUCUGACCCUCUGUUUUGGGAACAUGGGUUUAGUGCAGGAUGAAGAGGCUGGGGAAGAAUCUCAUCUCCAUGAUGCCGGGGUGGGGGAGGGUCCUUUGAUUUGGUACAAGUCUCCACCCUGCUGGGCUUGGUUGGCUGGUUGUGCUUGUUGCAUAAUCUGGGCCCUGGGGCCAGCCCUGUGAAGCUGCCAGGGACAGUGUGUGCGAGGCAGAGCUGCCAAACAGGCCUUGCAGGCAGCAGCCAUGGGGAGGGGGGUGGGGGUGGAGGUGACUCCCAGAUGGGCUUCACAGAAAUGUCGGGGAGCAAGGCUUCAACGACCUGGCAUGUCACCAGGGAACCGGAUGCCCAUGGCCGGCUUGCAGGUGGGACCCCCUGCUGGCUCCCCAUUUGGUGCAGCAGCUCCGCUUCGACCUGGCAUGCCACCCACCAUGAUGGAUCCAUUCCGAAAACGCCUGCUUGUGCCCCAGGCGCAGCCUCCCAUGCCUGCCCAGCGCCGGGGGUUAAAGAGGAGGAAGAUGGCAGAUAAAGUUCUACCUCAGCGAAUCCGGGAGCUUGUCCCAGAGUCUCAGGCAUACAUGGAUCUCUUGGCUUUUGAGCGGAAGCUGGACCAGACCAUUGCUCGCAAGCGGAUGGAGAUCCAGGAGGCCAUCAAAAAGCCUCUGACACAAAAGCGAAAGCUUCGGAUCUACAUUUCCAAUACGUUCAGUCCCAGCAAGGUGGAAGGUGAUAGUGCAGGAACUGCAGGGACCCCUGGGGGAACCCCAGCAGGGGACAAGGUGGCUUCCUGGGAACUCCGAGUGGAAGGAAAACUGCUGGAUGAUCCUAGCAAACAGAAGAGGAAGUUUUCUUCAUUCUUUAAGAGCCUCGUCAUUGAGCUGGACAAGGAGCUGUAUGGGCCUGACAACCACCUGGUGGAGUGGCACCGGAUGCCUACCACCCAGGAGACAGAUGGCUUCCAGGUAAAACGGCCUGGAGACCUCAACGUCAAGUGCACCCUCCUGCUCAUGCUGGAUCAUCAGCCUCCCCAGUACAAAUUGGACCCCCGAUUGGCAAGGCUGCUGGGAGUGCACACGCAGACGAGGGCCGCCAUCAUGCAGGCCCUGUGGCUUUACAUCAAGCACAACCAGCUACAGGAUGGGCACGAACGGGAAUACAUCAACUGCAACCGUUACUUCCGCCAGAUCUUCAGUUGUGGCCGACUCCGUUUCUCUGAGAUUCCCAUGAAGCUGGCGGGGUUGCUGCAGCAUCCGGACCCCAUUGUCAUCAACCAUGUCAUUAGUGUGGACCCUAACGACCAGAAGAAGACAGCCUGUUAUGACAUUGAUGUGGAGGUGGACGAUCCACUGAAGGCCCAGAUGAGCAAUUUUCUGGCCUCUACCACCAAUCAGCAGGAGAUCGCGUCCCUUGAUGUCAAGAUCCAUGAGACCAUUGAGUCCAUCAACCAGCUGAAGACCCAGAGAGAUUUCAUGCUCAGUUUUAGCACCGACCCCCAGGACUUCAUCCAGGAAUGGCUCCGUUCCCAGCGCCGAGACCUCAAGAUCAUCACUGAUGUGAUUGGAAAUCCUGAGGAGGAGAGACGAGCUGCUUUCUACCACCAGCCCUGGGCCCAGGAAGCAGUAGGCAGGCACAUCUUUGCCAAGGUGCAGCAGAGAAGGCAGGAACUGGAACAGGUGCUGGGAAUUCGCCUGACCUAACUGCUCAGGGAUCUCUUUCUUCCCAGCCCUAGAGCCUAGAGGGAGACCACCCUCUGGGUCCUUGCUGGGGCCGCAGACACGUAGGCUGGGGUGAGGAGUGUCUGCUGUCACUCUCUACUCCCCAGCUUUAGUUUUAUACAUGUAGUGAUAGGAUUCCUUGUUGCUUGGUCCCCAAAGCCUUAUACUUUUUGCAUUGGCUUUAAUUGGGUUCAGCAGAAGCCUCCUCUGCCCGCCCCUGCAGGCAGGCCCAAGUAGGACUGCUGGAGGCUGUGCUUUGACAUUGUAACAGACAUUUCCGAACCAAAGGCUGCUGGGUUUGCAUGUUUACAGACUCCCCUCUUGGGCGAGGGUCAGAGCUGGCUGUGGGGAGCUGGGCUAGGAAGAGGAGGUGCAGCUCAGACUUCCUAGCCUUUCUAAACCAAAGUUCUUUGCCAUUCCUACAAGCCCAGCCUUGCUGCUGGUUUUUUUCUUUCCUUUGGGUAUUUGCACUAUUUUGGGAGCAAGUUUUCUAUGUGGGAGCCACUUUUUUUGUACAGGGGUUAAGUUGGGGGUUUUCAGGGAGCCCUGUUAGGUGCCUCCUUGUUUUCUUUCCUCAAUCUAUGCAAGCGGCUCUGGCCGCCAUCAUCUCCUGGGAUGCCAGAGGGCUGCCUCUCCAGCGGCUUGGACCGGGGAGGGGACACUCCAGUUCUCUAGCAUGGCCUGAGGUAUGGGUGGGCGCAUGUGGAGGCCAGGGUAAGGUGAAUGGGGAGGCUGGGAGGACUGGUGUUGCCCUUUGGAGCUUGGUGAGGAGGGUGGGCCUAGGGCUUGGCGAGUGCCACUUCUGGCACUGGGAUCCAAAUAAAUCCUUUUAUCGAUUG